AGAAAAAAAAAUUGACGCCGCCAUCUUGCAUUGUUUGCGGUUUGAGGUUAUAAUAGGCGGGCAGACGCCGGAAUUGUUUUUGUAUUUAACUAGCUAAAAUUAAACUUAACCAUGAAACUGGUGCGUUUUUUGAUGAAACUCAGUCAUGAAACAGUGACUAUAGAACUGAAGAAUGGCAGCGUUGUACACGGAACAAUCACAGGCGUCGAUGUCGCCAUGAACACGCAUUUAAAGGCUGUUAAAGUUACGCUUAAAAACAAAGAAGAACUGCAGUUGGAGACUUUAAGCAUCCGCGGGAACAAUAUUAGGUACUACCUGUUGCCUGACAGUCUACCUUUGGAGACCCUUCUCAUUGAUGAUGCGCCGAGAGGCCGUGGCAAGCGUGAAGGAUUCCCGAGAGGCGGCGGCGCUCGCGGCGGUCGCGGCAGAGGCCGCGGAGGCCCAAGAGGCGGCCGAGGAGGCCGAGGAGGCAGAGGUCGCGGACGACGAUAAACUAGUUCAUAAGCUACAACCUAAGAUUGUGCGUGAUUAUUAAGUAUAAGUUUAUUCUUAA